AUGAACCUGGAUACGUUUCCGGCCAGUUCUGUGAUUUGGAGACCUUAUGUAGAGCACUAUGAUCACUGGCCCUUCCCUCAGGUUGCCUUGUAUAGGGGAUUUAUCAGGCAUGCCGGGAUGAUAUUCCCAUACCUCCCAGAUCGAGUCAUCAGGCAGUUUGGCCGGAUCCAGUAUGUGCCAGAUCCCCCACCAUCGUCAGUUACGUGCCGGGAGUGUGAUCGUCGAUUUGCGCACUGGAAUGAUCACAUUUGCCAUCUGUCGGAAGAAGCUGCUUUCCCUUUUCAGACCACUGGCGAAUACACUCCUUGGUAUAUCAAGGUCUCACACCCUUACAUGGUCCCAGAUGAGUACAAAGGCGACCGCUUCGCAUUUCUAGAGGUACUGACACUUGUUUUUGCCAUGUGGCUUACAUUACGAUUAUGUGUAUGCCUAUGUGUAUAUUGA